GUUCCGAGCGCAAUGGCGUCGUGCUCUUUGCUUGACGAGCAUUGCCGCAAGUAGAGGGUGUGGGGGGCUGGCAGGCUUUAGGGGCAUGCCGACAGAGGCAGCGCAGGAGAGUAGCCUCAGAAGCCUUGUGCCCGCUUUCUUCAGGCUGUCAACGACCGGUGCACCUCUGUCGCGCUCGACCUUCCGGGCGCAGGGGUGCGACAUAGUACGUUGCCAGCCUCGAAGGGCAUAGCUUCAACACUUGCAAAUGGAUCCGAUGGAGCCCUGCAUAGAUCGACCGAAGUCCUUUGAGGAGUCCGUCACGGUAUCGAGUGGGGAGAGGUGGAGUAGCAGCCACUCCAGCGAAGAGAAGAGCUCGUCGUUCUCCUCCUCCGCCUCGAGUCAAACUUUUUCUUCUUCAUCUACCUCAUUUCAAGUUGGCGAUUGGAGCGAGACGUUCAAGGAUGAUGCAUCGCGGUGGUCGGGCAAGAAAAGAGAGAAGACAGAUAUCUCGGACGAUGACGAAGGCAAGUGGCGGACGUGCGAGACGAUGAAGGAGGAGGAAGAAAGCUUCGGCUUUCAAAGGCGUCGCAGUGGCAGCGAGAAUGAGAGUGGAAAUAGUGAUGGCCACUUGGAUGAUGAGCAUAAUCGCCAUAGCCAUUCUCACUCCGAAAGCCACCAUCGCACCUAUCGUCGAGACGAGAAGACGGGAGAAUCUCAAUCAGACGAGGAGUGGACUGACUUUUCGGACGGACGCGGGAGUAAGAUCAUUCGGAAGACCACAAGAAAAACGAUAAAAAAGGGAGACGACUUGGGGGACGGAACUGAUGACUGCGAGUCGACGAGAAGGAAAAGACAAGAGAAAAGCAUGGGCAGUGCAAAUGAGAGCCAGGAAAUCGAGGAGAGAAGAGAGAGCUCAUGGGAGGGUAGGAAGGAGAGGACAGAGGAGAGUGUGAGGAAAGAAAAAAAGGAGAAGAGGCAUAAGAAAGGAGAGAAGUAUGAAAACGAGGAGGGCCGAGACUUCUCUGACUCCGACUGGACUGAAGAGUCGGAUGGGUGUGGUGGCAAAAGGCGUAUUAAACGAAGAGGAAGCAAGGAGACCUGUGAAAAGGAGAGCUCAUGGGAGAGUACGCAGGAGAAGAGAGAGGAGCAUGUGAGGAAAGAGAAGAAAGAGAAGAAAGAGAAGAAAGAGAAGAAAGGAGAGAACUCUGACUCUGACUCUGAGUGGACUGACGAGUCUGACGGGUGUGGAGGCAAAAGGCGUAUUAAACGAAGGGUAAGCAAGGAGAGUCAGGAGACCUGUGAGAAGGAGAGCUCAUGGGAGGGUGGGCGGGAGAAGAGAGAGGAGCAUGUGAAGAAAGAGAGAAAAGAAAAGAAAGAGAAGAAAGAGAAGAAAGGAGAGAAGUAUGACGAGAAAAAGGAGGAGGCCGACAAGUCUCCAGAUUACUCUGACUCUGAAUGGACUGAAGAGUCGGAUGGGUACGGAGGCAAAAGGCGUUUUAAAAGGAGGGGAAAGAAGGCGACCAGCAAGAAGGAGACCUUACGGGAGGGUAGGCAAGAGGAGAGAGAGAAGCAUGUGAGGAAAGAAAAGAAAGAGACGAAUGAGAAGAAAGGAGCCAAGUAUGAGGAGGAAAAGGAGAAGAGAGAGGAGCAUGUGAAGAAAGAGAAGAAGGAGAAGAAAGAAAAGAAAGGAGCCAAGUAUGCGGAGGACAAGGAGGAAUGCCGAGAUGAUUCUGACUGUGAGUGGACUGAAGAGUCUGACGGGUGUGGAGGCAAACGGCGUACUAAACGAAGGGGAAGCAAGGAGACCAUGGAGAAGAUGACUAAAGAAGAGAAGAGAAUUGCACACAGGAAGAAGAGGGAAGAAGUAGAUCGCCACCAUUCGGAAAUCCAGAGAAUGCAUGAGGAGAAGAGAGAUGAGGUGGACAGGCGGCAUGCAGAGAAGGAAUCUUACAAGAAAUCACGUAAGGAGUCGCUGAAGCAAAAGAAGGGUCAUGGUAGUCAUGGCUGCGACACUGACUCCGAGGAGCGGGAGAUGGAGGGGCACGAACAUGUACACAUGCAUGCAGACGACCAUAUGCAUGGGGAGUGGCCAAAGAAGCUCAAGCAUAAGAAGGAACAUGAAUGUGAGCAUCACAAUGCUACUGGAGACGGCGAAGAGCAUGACGAGUCGGGAGAGCAGGAGCACAACCGUGAGGAACAGGAGCAUAAAAAGGAUUGCAAGUGUGAGGAAGAGGAGCAUAAAGAGGGACACAAGCAUGGGCACAAACACGAGGAACAUACAUCUCAGCAUGAGAAACAUGAAUCUCAGGAAGAGCACAUGACUCAGCAGGAGUGCAGGGAGGAGCACAAGGCCUCAAAGAAGCACAAGGACUCUGCCAGUGGGGAGCACAAAUGCGAGGAGUGGAAGAGUUACGAGGACUCCGAGGAACAGUGUAAGGAGAAGUCCAAGGAGAAGCACAAGGAGUACCAUUCCUCGGAAGAGCAGGAACGCAAGGAGUACAAGUUCAAGCAGGACCAGCAGCACAAGGAAUACAAGUCCGAGGAGGGGCAUGACCACAAGCAGGCACAUGAGUACUUGGACACUGAGGAGUUUAAGGAGCUCACGGCUAAGGAGUCCAGGAAGAAGGAAUCAAAGGACGACCACGAAGAGAAGACUCUCCAGGACCACUCUUCAGAAUGCACAGAGCAGAAGAAGUCAAAGGAGGAGUGGGAGGAGGAAAAGCACAAGGAGUACAAUUCCUUGGAAGAGCAUGAACACAAGGAGUACAAGUUCAAGCAGGAGCAGGAGCACAAGGAAUACAAGUCCGAGGAGGGGCAUGGCCACAAGCAGACACAUGAGAACAAGGACACUGAGCACAAGGAGCACACGGCCAACGAGUUCAAGAAGAAGGAAUCAAAGGACGACCACCAAGAGAAGACUCUCAAGGACCACUCUUCAGAAUGCACAGAGCAGAAGAAGUCAAAGGAGGAGUGGGAGGAGCACAAAUCAAAGGAGAAGCACAACGAGCAUAAGGAGCAUAAGGAGCAUAAGGAGCACAAGGAGUUGCAUGAGUACAAGGACGCCGAUGAGCACAACGAGCAUAAGGAACACGAGUCCAAGCAGCACAAGGAGGACAAGGAGCACACGGAGGUUCAAGUGUACAAGGACACCGAGGAGCACAAGCUGGGCAAGGACCUUGAAGAGCACAGGGAUCACAGUGCUGAGUGCACGGAGAAGAAAUCAAAGGAUGAGGAAGAAACCCAGGGGUUGAAGGAAGAUGACAAGCAUGAGGAGAGCUCUACAGAAUGCAAAAAACAGCAGAAGUCUACGGAGGAGUCGGGGCCCUCGGGGGAAUACAAAUCCAAGGAGGGGCAGGAGUCCGAGGACCAUACGUCAACGGAGGAGCACCAGUUUGAGGAGCAUGAGUACAAGGACUCGGAGGAGCACAAGUAUGAGGACUCUGAAGAACACCAGAAACACAAGGCCAAGGAGUGCAAAGAGAAAACAUCAGAGGACCACGAAAAGGAGAGGCUCGAGAAUGAGACCAAGCACGCCGAAACUUCUAUGGAGUCGAAGCAGCAGCACAAGUCGAAGGAGAAGUGUGAGGAGCACAAAUCAAAGGAGCACCAGGAGCACAAGGAGCACGAGACGCAUAAGGAGCACAAGUCGAAACAGGAGUGCACAGUCGAGCACAUGUCCGAGGAUGAAUACAGGAAGGAGCAUAGGGCCAAUGAAUGCGAGAAGGGGCACAUGUUCAAGGAGGAGAGAAAGGAGGGGUAUGCAGAGGAUGAGCUGGACAACUCCAAGGGCGAGCAGACAAAGCACAAGGAGGAGCACAGGCCACAGGAGUCUUAUGAAGAGGAAGACAGACUGAAGGAGGGAAAACAGUACAUUUCAUCAGAUAAGCACUCAUCCAUCUCCUCAUUAGAGAAGUACGAAUCCAAGUCCUCAUCAGAGCAUGUGUCAUCGUCUGCCUCCUCCAAGUAUGUGUCAUCCUCCUCCUCCUCAUCAUCGGAGAACAAGUCCUCGUCAGAGUAUACAUCAUCCAACUAUGAGUCUUCAACAGAGCACAAGUCCACCUCUUCAGUGCCGGAGAAAAUCUCAAGCACGGAAAAGGAAAGUUACAUUUCAGGAUCCGAUGACAAAGAGGAUGGUUUCUGCUCAGGAUCGAAAGCAGAAUCAAAGUCAAGCUCCAGUUUGGUUGAGGAGGAGAAAUCAAGCUGCAGGUCUGAAGAGAAGGUUUCACAGAGUUCUUCUUCUGGGCAUGAAACCACGGAGAGUUCUUCUGCUAAGUAUACCGAAGAGGUUACGGAGGAAACGAUGACGAAAAGUGGUGGUGACCGGAAGAAGCAUUAACCCUAUCAAAAUGAUUGGGAGGAGGAGGUGACAGUUGUCGAGGAGGAAAUCAUUGAGGCCGACCAUGAGCCCUGUUAGUCUGAACAAAGUCCGAAGAGCUCGUCUUGUGGAGCAGAAACUUCCAGAAGUCUUCAGCCCCGUGCACAAAGGAGGUUAUUGAGGAAGAACGAAUGCACAAGGUUGAAGGACGAAACACUUAGUGGGAGGAGGAGGUCCGAGGUGGUAGUGGUUGAGGAGGUCACUGACAAGUUGUGACAACUGGUAGAGUUUCUGCCAGGUUGAUAAGCAGUAUGUACAGGUCAGGUGGGUCCAGAUCUGGCGGUCGGUCCUAAACAGCCAAUUACUCUUGCUUGGCACAGGACAGAUUUGUCCACAACAGUAUUUAUGUGAAGGAAAAAGUGAGUGGUCCGAGUUAGCUCCCCACCAUCCCGUUGUUAUUGGGUGCGGGUGAAGACAAUAGCAGCUGGAUACCAAAUAGAGAGAACGAGGAAUACAGGACAGUUUACGGCUGUACAUUCUGCUGCACUUCACUCAGACAUGCGUGGUUUAUAUUAUUAAGUAUUUAAUUA